AGUGCCCCGAGGGAACGACAAUCUAAAACUUCAUCGCGGUCUUGCAAUAACUAUCAAAUUGUUUCUUAACGGGGCAAAUUCGAACAGCGUAGGACGAGCCAGCUUAAGAGAACAGAGAGCACUACUGAGCAGGCACUUUUCUAGUGCAUUUAUCUGGAGAGGCUUGUAAGAGACUGCGCUUCCUAGCACUCCUCUUUCAGAUGUUAAAUGGAAGCCUCUCAAAUGGAGCUACCCUGAUAACCCCGCUCUGGAGAGAAAAGUACCAACUGUGUAAGCAAUGCUCAUUACUGAAUGCGACCUGAUUUGGAUAUUUUAAACAUAAAAUUGCACGGAUCAAAGUAGAACUCUCCUGUGACCUCCUUGCCUCAAGGGCCUGCGUUCAAUAGAACUGAUCCCAGUUCCCAGCCAGUUGCGUACACUACUGAAGGAAAAUGAACAUACUGAACAGCCACCACUUCUUGUACUUUCUGCCUACCACACGCCUUGUCAUCUUAUUAGCAGCUUUGACAACUGCUGAGGAUGUGAGUAAUAGCACUUUCAACCGCACUGAAAUGAACACGGGAUCUGUGCCUGUGGUGAUCUCCCGCAUCGACCAUAUUAUAGUCAAGGAGGGGAGUAGUGCCUUGAUCGACUGCAAUGUCCAAGGUAGUCCUAGUCCACAUUACAGAUGGUACAAUUCCAAUGGCCGCCUGCUCCAAGAGGAAGAGAAUAAAGCAGGAAAAUGGUGGUUUCUUGACAAUGGGAUACUAAACAUUACCAGCGUGUCUUUUGAAGACAGAGGUAAAUACACGUGUGUCGCAUCUAAUGCGUAUGGCAGUGUUAACAACACUGUGACGCUGAGGGUUGUUUUUACCUCCGGAGAUAUGGGAAUCUAUUACAUGAUUGUCUGCCUUGUAGCUUUUACCAUUGUUAUGAUACUGAACAUUACUCGGUUAUGUAUGAUGAGCAGUCAUCUGAAGAAAACAGAGAAAGCAAUCAAUGACUUCUUCAGAACAGAAGGAGCAGAGAAACUCCAGAAAGCCUUUGAGAUUGCGAAGCGUAUCCCCAUUAUCACUUCAGCCAAAACGCUCGAGCUUGCCAAAGUAACCCAGUUCAAGACCAUGGAAUUUGCUCGCUAUAUUGAAGAGCUUGCUCGGAGCGUACCUUUGCCACCUCUCAUCAUGAACUGCAGGACUAUAAUGGAAGAAAUUAUGGAGGUUGUGGGUCUGGAGGAGCAAGGACAGAAUUUUGUACGGCAGACAGCAGAAGGCCAGGAAACCACUGAAACAGAUGAUCUGUACAUGAUUCCGAACGCUUUGAAGCGCAGUGACUCUCCCACAGCUGACUCUGACGCAUCGUCACUGCACGAACCACCUCAACAGAUUGCAAUAAAAGUGUCAGUUCACCCGUUGUCCAAAAAGGACUGCAUGGAUGGUCAGUCACAAGAAAGCAUGCAGUUGGACACCAAGGAAGAAGACACUCCUCAAACACCAGCACUUCCUGCAGAGCCCCCUCCUGAGCCUUCUGCUGAACUCAGUUCUGAUGAUACAGCAUUGGCAAAUGACAAAAAUACAUGCGUUAUAUAUGAAAGCCAUGUAUGAUAGUUACUCCUGAAUCUAUGCAUAGCAGGAAAAUCAGGUGGAGCUCUUUUAAAAAAAAUACAUAUUGUACUUGCCGCUAAGCCUUACCUGGAGACUAUCAUAGCAAAAGCAUGUAUGUGGAUUAUUUGGCACUUUCUUCUCAGUUUGACUUUAGUUUACCAUGAUGUAUGGCAGAGUAAUUGCUAUUACAUUAAUAUUAAUUGCUCUUUUAAAUUAGGAGUAUUUCCAAGGAACAUUUACCUCAGCAUUUUCUAGGUUGGAGUCACCUGUAGUGGCCUCCUGGAAGUCAUUGGUAGUCUUUGAUGUAGGACACUUGAACUUACUAAACAUAAAACUGGUUUUCAUUUUCCUUCUUCACUCUUGUUAUUUCCAUCUAUUGCAUUUUUGCAAAUAUUAUCUUGUGAAUUUGAAAUACUGCCCAAGAGGCAGCACUCCAGUAGCCAAAUAAAAUCCUAAUAGAUCCCAUUUACAAACCCUGUUUGCUCAGCUGCGUUGUGAUUUAGAGGGCUAUUAAAGAAAGUUAAAAUGUUUCCGAUUCAUUUGAGGCCACACUGCUUAGGCACACGGGAAAUGGUUUUCCCUUUUCCAUGGAAUAAAGAUGCCAACAAUCGUUUUUUUUUCACAUCGAGAAACAACUUUGAGGUGUAUUUUACAGAUGGGGAAGCCCAUAAACAUCUUCCAGAAAGUUGCAGUCCAACAGCUCUGCAGGGUUUUUUUGCAUAUAUUUGAACAUUUUUUACUUUGCCAGAAGUUCAUAUAGAAAACAGCUGCAAAUAUGCAAGAUGUCUUGUUUUGUAGUAAUUUGGUAGUAGUAAGUAUGCACUACCUUACCAGAAAAUACGCAAGUUCCUUAACAGUCCUCCAAAUGCCAGUAAUCAGCUGAUGACAAGGCUGAAAUGGCAGAAGAACCUUUUAAUUGGGAUUCUCAAUUUUGUGCAGAUUCAUAUUCUGAAGAUCAAUCCUAAAUUCAUCUAUAAGCAUAAGUUUGAGAGUGUUUUAUCCAAACUGAAAAAAAAAUAUUAAAAUCAAGUGUUCUGUGAAAUUACAAUGACCAUCACACAAGCUGUUUACUGUGUUAUAAUUGCUUUGGUAUUUUAAGAACCCCUUACCUGUGUAGGAUGUUCACUGCUUGAGUACAUGUGACUCUACCCCAGUAAAGCUUUUAUGGUCACAGGUGGCAUUAAAAAGGAUCAACAUUUAUGCCAGGAAAUGCCAGGGGUGGAAGGGAAGGGAUAAUUACUGUUGCAGACAGACAAUAAGACGGACCUUCUCCGGAGUGAGUAUGGAAAGAAAGCACUUACAAGGAGGAGUCUGUGUAGGAUUAAUAGCAUAUUACUUAAUUCCCUGACGCAUAUUUAAUUUGAAACUAAUGAACAAACUGUCACCUUAUAGGUUUUAGGAAAGACUGUAGUCUAAGUAUAGAUAUUCAAAAUAAACCUGGAAUCAAGUAUAUUGCAGAAAAAGAGGUCACUUAGGUCUGUGGGGUGGCUUUCUGGACAUUUUAUUGAAGUAGCCACAUCUGCUUAAGGUGUCAGUUGGAGGCAAUCGGGUACAUUAACUGCACAGGUAAUUGAGACCAAACAAAGUCAAUGUUGCAGCUGUCUGAGAAAACCCUUGAUAAUAAACUGAGGUUUUAUGUCAACUUCUCUGUGUUAAAGUGCAGAGCUUCACUAGCAGUGUAAUACAGGAACACCCUAUGACUUACAGAGGUGAAGCAGAGAAGGCUCCGUAUUUAUCUUUCUAUGGUUACUAAAAAAAAAUACAUGUUUAAUAACAGACUUCAGAUUUUGUGACCAACUUGUGAAAAUCACAGCAUUCAGUUGCCUAACAUUUGUGCUCACCACAGUGGCAGGCAUCUAUACAAAAUGCAUUUGCACAUGCAAGGGCAAAGUCCUUUUAGGAAUGUGGCUGGAAAUAUUUUCGUUCCAGCGAAGCAAUAUAAAUCUAGAACACAGGGUAGAUUAAGAGAAUACCAUAAAGAACCUCACUUCUGACCAGUGCGAUUGAAAAUACUACUGAUGCAAACUGUUAACUUCUUGCUUGAGUCCAAAGUACAUUUCUGUUUUUCAAGUUACUUAAUUUGCUUCUAGUAUGAAAAAGGAUGAGGGUGGAAACAAAAGCAGGAGCUUGCACUAAAUUCUUUUAAUUCACCUUAACCUCCUGAAAAGAGGCAUCUUGAUUUUUCAGCCUAUCCAGCAAUUACAAACAACGCUCAUGCAUUCUAAAGUUACCUGCCUGGUGCCCGGCUGAGAUUGCAUAGAUAAGCAAGGGUGUUCUCCUUGAAAGCAUAAAAAUAACUUUUUUUUUUUUAAGUUUCAAAAUUAUUUAUUAAACUACACUAUUUUAAUUGUUUUUUAAUUAUGAACUUUUUUCAGUAGAGACCAGCCCCCUUCACAUAUUUAUGCGGUGAUUGGUACCAGGCAGUUCUGAUCCUGACUGCUGCUCUCAGACUGUCCUCCAGCCUGUUUAUUAUUUAUUUAUUGAGAAACAUUUGAGAGCAAACAAUCCCCAUGGUUUUCUUCAGUAUCUCUGUGUAAACUUCCUUGAAGAUACAGACUAUGUUUUUUUCCAAAGGUUGCCCACAAAGAGCAUGUAUUUGAAGUACACAUGAACAAAUGUACAUUGCAAACCACAUUAUGAGCAACAGUUAUUUGUAUGAGAUGCACAUAAUAGGUGUUGUGCUGAAUUCCCGCCGUUGCAAGGUCAAAGGGAACCUUGACUUUGCUGGAGCUGGACUCACUCGGAGCUGAGAGUUCACAGGUAGGAGUGGCCCAGCCAGCCUGCUAUAAAUUCUUUGGACAUUUAGCUUUGUGGUAUUACUGGAAUAAGAGCAGAUCAGCACUGUACCUGAAGAAAAUACAGAUUGUAAUGGUUCUGGUUUAUGUAUUUUUUCUGUUUUCAUGUAUGCUGCUCAGUAUCUUUAUUCAUCCAUUGUAUAACACGUGUAAGCCUAAGGCUUUUUACAUGCUCUCAGGCACUUCCUUUCUGGGAGAUAGAUGGGAAGCAAGACCCAAACCCAUCUUUCCUGUUCCAGACUUUCUGUGGCUGUGCUAUUAUGAAGUAAACAAUUCUUUCUUGCAGUAUUUCUUAGGGAAUGGCUAUUUUAUGGUGCAAGAACACAAUUAACAAAUACAAAAUUAAUGAUGGCUCUAAGAAAACAUUAAUAUUUGCAUUGUUACGUAUUUUCAUGCACCUUAAGCACUUCAGGGACAUUAGAGCGAUCUGUUCCCACGAUUGGACUAUGCACACCUUUUGUUACAUUGUCGUAUUUAUUAUGUCACCAAACACUAAGGUUCUUAAAACGCUCAGGGUCUGGAAAAUCCAGUCCAACAGAAUUUGCAUUCUAAAAGCAUAAGGAACACCAAGCCAGCCUUAGAAAGGAAAAGAGAUUUGCAGGAUAUAUUUACACCAUUUAAAAAUAUUUUUGCCAAAAUGUCAUGAAACGUGACUAGAUUUCUGCAGCACAAGAAACCAGUGUUGAAUUUGAAUUUGCAACUUCUAUUCUUUUUUCACUAAAUGUAAGACCAUACAAUCAAACCACUCACUAUGUCCUUAUUCAACAUAUUCUUUUUAAGCAGCAUUUGUUUACUGCUGAUCCUUUUUUCUUCUCCGAUUUGAGUAUGCUUGUCAUGAAACCUACCCUUCAGUCAUUUUUUGAGAUUGUAAUUUAAAAAAUGUAAAAGAACCCAUAGAUCAGCAUUUUGAUGCAGGUUUAUUGGUAUUAGGUAGGGCACAGCGUUUGCUCCUGUGCUUAAAAAUUACUGGAUAAGACUUGCAGAAUGGCAUAUACAGGCAGAUAUUGAUUUUUUUAAAAUCAGUGCCCGUUUUAUUCUAGUGUACAUACUAAUGUCAGUUCCUUGAUUUGAAGUUACCUUUUGACAAAAGUACUGUAACAUAUAACCAGGGCUUUCUGACAUUCAAUUUGGUUCAGAUCAGCUAGUUCUGAAAAGCGUUAACAGUGUCGAAUUUCAAAAGUUCUCAUGGAAUACCUUAGCAGCAUGCUAUUUUAAGAGUUGGCCUCUUAAGUAUGCCAUACUUAGUUGGACAACUGAAAGCUUCUUAGAUGCAAAGGAAAUGCUUGCACUAAAGUAUCUUAAGUUAUAUUUCAUUUAUUAUAAAAUCCUUUUUGAUUUUACAAGAAGUGUAAGACAAACCUGAAUGUGUUCUUUUGAGAAGUAGUUACUGUAUUUUGAUUUGAAUAACUGUUACAAUUUUAUAGUUCACAGCCGUAAACCACAAAGAGACCAGUUCAUGCUGAAGUGGCAAAAUGAAAUGUGAUCCAGCUUGUAUAUUGAUCAUUGUUUCAAUAAAGAAUUUGCACAGAGUAUGUCGAGUUUGUACACACUCAACAAGAUGAUAUUUUCCUAGUAAGAGUAUGACAUGGCUCCAGUUCAAGGGGAAGUGAACUAUGUCUUUCAUUGUACAUCUGCUAAUAUUCCAGAAACUUUGAUCAGGAGAAACAGUUAUUUACCUAGAAAGGAAGUUUUAGUAAAGCUCCGAAAGGGAGCUGUUGUUGUUAUUCAGAAUGUAGACCCACUUGUUAAUUGGUGGUGUUAUCAAUAGCCUAGCUUGCUGAAGUAUGUAGCAUCUUCCCUUUGGAAGCAUGUCGGCGCUUACGCAUGUAAUCCAAAGGACUACUUUGUCCACUGUUGCCUUUCUGAGCCCUGUCAUGGGCUUGCUGGUGUUUCAGAGUUGGGGCCAAUGAAGUAAAAGUCUUUUCUCCCAGAUGCACCCUAGUACCAAGACAAAAUAGAAGUGUGUGUUGCCAUACCCACCCCCUUUCUUUCAUCCACCCUAAAAGGAUGAGGUGAAAUGGCUUUCCUGUCCUACAGCAGUUGGCCUAUAUGACUCCCUAAUAGUCUUCAGCAGGGCUUAGCUGAAGCAGACGCUGUAAUACCUUGGUCUGGUUCUGCUGGUGCUACCACAACUAUCAGUCAGUGGCAGUCACAGAAUCACAGAAUGGUAGGGGUUGGAAAGGACAUUUGGAGAUGAUCUAGACCAACCCUCCACCAAAGCAGGUUUGCCUACAGCAGGUUGGACAGGAACGCAUUCAUGCGGGUUUUGAAUAUCUCCAGAGAAGGAGACUCCACAGAGGAGCCACUCUGGGCAGCCUCUUCCAGUGCUCUGCCACGCUCAAAGUAAAGAAGUUUUUCCUUAUGUUGAGAUGGAAUUUCCUGUGUUCCAGUUUGUGCCUAUUGCCUCUUGUCCUGUCACUGGGCACCACUGAAAAGAGUCUGGCCCCAUCCGCUUGACACCAGCCCUUUAGAUAGUUACAAGCAUUGUUAAGAUCCCCUUUCAGUCUUCUCUUCUCCAGGCUAAACAGAGCCACGUCUCUCAGCCUUUCCUCAUAAGAGAGAUGCUCCAGUCCCCUGAUCAUCUUCAUAGGCCUGUCUUUUUUGAACCGGGGAGCCCAGAACUGGACACAGUACUCCAGACGCAGCCACACCAGGGCAGAGUAGAGGGGGAGGAUGACCUCCCUCGACCUGCUGGCCAUGCUCUUUCUAAUGCACCCCAGGAUGCCAUUGGUCUCCUUGGCCACAAGGGCACAUUGCUGGCUCAUGGUCAACUUCCUGUCCACCAGGACUCCCAGGUCCCUCUCUGCAGAGCUGCUCUCCAGAGAUCAACCCCUAACCUGUACUGGUGCAAGCAGUUAUUCCUCCGUAGGUGCAGGACCCUACACUUCCCCUUGUUGAACUUCAUUGGUUCCUCUCCACCUAACUCCCUAGCCUGUCCAGGUCUCGCUGAAUGAGAUGAGAUGAGUGGGGGGACUUGCCCUUUCACACAUGAAAGAUUUGCUCUUGCCAGCUGCCUGUUCUAGGCUAAAAAACAGACAAUAGCAGGAAAACAGUUGAUAUUUUAUGUUUUAACUCUGUUGUUUGAAAGAGUGCUCCAAUUUUAAAAAAUAUUUUCAGAAGCAUUUUCAUUCAACAGUUUCAGUUGAGCUAGCAAGAGAGCUGAGAGAUCCACAAUUUAUCUACAAAUAUCUGUGAAAAAUAGUGAAGGGAUCACAAACCGAUCAUAAAAAUGGAAUACAUAUGGCUAGACCCAUAUGCUAUUUUAUUGUCUCAGCACGUGACCCUGUCUUGCAACUGAGGCAGUUUGAUAGGCUGUGACUUUUUUUUUUUAAAUGUAGAACACCACCACUUCAGGAUGCUCCCCUCCAGAAUGCUGAACUCCUCCAACAGCUUUGGUGGCGCACUUUUCAGGAAGGCAGAGUACCACCGAGCAGUUGGUCCUAGUGAGCUACACUCCUGAACACUGUGAAACAGGCUCUCCCUGGCCCCAGUGCUUCUUAUGAAGAGAAGAUAUUUAUGAUGCGGAGGAGACUGGCUUUCAUCAGUACUACAGAGGCACUGCAAAGCUAAAAGCUGCUGGUGGGUAGUGUCUCCACAGAGACAAAGAUGUCUCUGCUCUCCUAAGACUGGAGCCUGGGAAAGCCUGUGCGUAGCUCAGGGCUGGUACCCCAGAUAUUUGCAGUGCUACAUCACCGCUUUCCCACAGGACUGGACAUUUUCUAGCCCACAUCCUGCACCAGUGCUUCGAAUAACCAGCUAAGAGACUUGUGUAUCAGUUCCUUUUCAGUGUCCAUUUCUUCCAUCUCUUCCUCUCUCUGUCUUAACUUCCUGCGCUUUUCUUCAUCCCCACCAGGUCUGCAGCAUUUCUCAAAUGAGAACAGAGUGAAGUUAGUGGUUAGGGCAAGUGUUUCUGUACUUCAGGCACCUCUGUUCCAAACUGACCUUUCAUAAGUCCCAAAAUGGAUUUUUUUCCCCAGCUGUACCAGGCUCUAAUGCUAUGUACUAUAUUUAGCUCUCUGUCUCCCAGGCCCAAACUGAGUCAUUAUACUCUUACAGUAAAAACUGACUCGUGAAUCCAUGGUAUCAUGUAUAAGUCUGUAAAUUGGUCAAAGAUAGUAAUAUAAACUGAAGCUAAGUUACCAAUUUCUUAUUCAAAAUCAGGAUGUAUUGCAGGAAACAAUAAAAGUGGCAGACUUAGGACGCUCAAAUUAUGUAACAAGAACCUAUUUCAUACCACGACAAGAUGAGGCAAGAAUGAGAAAAAUUAACAGCCAGCCUUGUAUUCCGUGGAGAAUACAUGUAAAACCUUGCUUAUGGUUGAGUAGAAAUUUAGCACCAGUAUCAAAUCAAUUUGCCAUUCUAUAGCCACUUCCCACUUUGAGAAAAGAUUCCUGUUAUAUGGGCAAGCACCUUAGGCAUGGAAAUACUACAUGAGUUAUCAGAAAGAGCUUUAUCUCCCUACCAUUUUUGAAAUUAUUUUCAGGACUAUUUAGCUAUGCAUCACAGGCCAACCACAGACUGCCACCCUGUCCUGUCCCGUCCUGCUGUGGAGCCACGGAGUUUGGGAGCUCCUGUUUGAGACGUACAAGCGGGUCUUUCUGAAAUAUUUCUGUCUUCCCUUGCAUAGGUUUUGAUUAUACCACAAAAUAAACCACUCAUAUUUAUUAACAGCUCAGGCCCAGUUAUUCUCAAUUGAUAAUUACAGAGAAGCCAAAUAAAUGCCGUCACCACUUCCCUCUUUCUGAAGCCUCUUACUGCUUCCACCUUGAGAUUAUCCCUGACAGACAGAUACCUCCUGAGUUGUUGGGGUAUCCUUUAACUCCUUCCUGCUGGUGAGCACUACCUUAAGUCAGAAAGCAGGAUUCAAAAAAAAUAUCAGCCAGAAAAAGAAGCUCCCUUCUAAGACGACAAGCGUGGAUCCUGCCUGUUUAAAAUGGUUCAUUAUCCUUCUCUCUAAUAUGUGCAGAGUAAACAGCCUCAGGAAAAGGAGGUAAAAAAUGGAAAGAAAUUUAAGAAGAUUAAAAUGGAAAAUUUUUCUCCUCACUCAAAACAUCCAGAGGUGAUUUAUCUUCAAAGUAUAUUAAAUUUUAGCCCAUUUAAUCGUGUUCACGUGUUUUUAAAAAUACUCAAGUGGAGAAAAAGAAGAUUCCUAAAAACAAUGAAAUUUUCACCCCCAACCCUAAAGUAAAUUAUCACAAAAAUACGAAACAUAUUGCCAAGCCCUUCUCUCAGGAUACCUUUUAUCAGGGAAGAUAUUUCUAGUCCAUUUUAUGGUUCUGCUUUGGUGACUGCAACUUCCUUAAGGGACUGAUGGAAGUGGGUUUCUUUUCUGCUGUCUUCUUCUUGGUUACAUAUUCUCUACCCUGUGUGAUCUCUUCUUUGUGUAUAAAAAUCAAUAUUUCACUGAAGAUUUAUCUUCUUGCUUCCUUUCCCCAUGCUAGCAUUCCAUUUUGAUACUUUUUUUUGUGUUUUGUUUUACUGUUUGGAUUUUGGUUUGUUUGCCCUAAAAUUCCCCACAUUUUAAAAUAAAUCAGAGGAUCCUAAUGUUUUUUCAGUUGCCUGUUUGGGGGCAGGAUCCCUCACACAUGUCCGUAUAAUUCAAUUUUAAUUAUGCAGAUGUACAAUUAACUACUCCCAGGUUGGUGCAGGAUGAACUAAUCAAUAAGCUGAAGCAGAUUUCUUUUGAAGAACAGCAUCAACAGAACAGGUAAAGACAUAAUUCCUAAGAUACAAGUGAAAUAAGUGUCCUCAGUCACAUAUGGGUCUAUGAAUAAGUUACGUUCUUUUGUUUGUUCACUUCAAAAAAGUCACAUAUGACACAUCUCUGCCUUAAAUAAUGUCUUUCUUUUUGCUUAGCUUCCUAUCAUGGAUGGACUAGCGUAUUUGCACAGUCCCUACACUUGUACAUCAACUGUCCAUUAUCUGUAUUGGUUUAUCUUAUUCAUUGGAAAGCUCGCCAAAUGCAGAGCCCUCUCUAAAUUAGAUAUUUUUGAAGAGACUGCAGACAGCUUGGUGGCACUAUGUAAAUGGUAUUCAUUUCAAAUGCAUUGAUAAAUGCUUUUUCACUUUUUUUUUUUUACUAAAAUGCUGUAUUUCUAUAUAGGCUGAUAUCUACAUAUUAAUAGAGUCUGUUUUUCUGUAUCCUUGAACUAGAAACUCCAGUUUUUCACAAGUGUGCAGUAAAAUGACAGUAAUCUGCUGCUGAAUAAAACUGCUUUUUAGAACUACAGUUUCUACAUUUCGUAAUCCCUGUGUAAUCUC